CCAAACAUUGGACCAAGAGAUUAUCAGAUCACACCUUUGCCAAGAAAGUAAUGUUUGGAGUGUUGGAACUCUUUGAUCCAAGGGAGUUGCAAAUUCGAGCGAUGUGGAAUCAGUGAGGUGGGAAUGCAGUAUUCGAGCAGAAGUUAGGCGCUCUCCUUGAAUUCAUGGGGCCGUCGUUGUGAUAUAAGGAUUGGGUAUCUUCUCUAUCAUGUUACCUUCUGUAGCAAGCCUGUCUUCUAUUCUCUAAACAUACAUUAAGCUGGUUCUUGUGGAUAUUUUGUAAACACACUCUUUUCGAAUAUUUUGCACUUUGUUCCAACUUCAAUAUCAAACAUGGUUUUCUUCACUUCAAUCUUUACAUGCCUUGCUAUUCUUUCCACCACCGUGGUAGCACUCGCUAUUCCCUUGGGAACAACUGGCCGGUCUCUCUCCAUCAGCGAAGAUGGCCAAACCAUUUCCAUUGACGGACGGGCAAUCAAUCUCGAUCAAGCCGUAACUCGUGCUGGGGUUUGCAGCCCAAGCAGCCACGGGGGAGGAAGGCAACGACACGGAAAAGGAGGGCCAUCUUCCAAUUCGACUUCAGCAGCCUCGAACAAUGCAAAGGCAAUCUACUUCCUCACUAAUGCCGCCAACAACUCGAUCGUGGCCUUGAAAGUGGCAGCCGAUGGGAGCCUAUCUGAUGGAUCCAUCACAUCCACAGGAGGAGUAGGAAUGAGUGGUGUUGAUUCCACUGGAGCACCAGCAGCGCCCGACUCCCUUUUCUCACAAGGCGCUCUCAAAGUUGCUGGAAAUUCCCUAGUAGCCGUGAACCCAGGCUCAAACACCCUGUCAAUGUUCAGCAUCUCCCCUACCGAUCCAACCCAGCUCACACCCCUCGGAAACCCCGUCUCUACACUCGGUGACUUUCCCGUCUCCGUCACACUCUCAACAAAGCUAUCCCUCGCCUGUGUAGCCAACACAGGUGCUCGCGCCGGCGUAGCCUGCCUGACCAUGUCCCCCAACGGCCUCACUCCUCUUGACAAGACCCUCCGUCCCUUCGCUUUGAACCAAUCCAAUCCCCCCAGCGGACCUUUAAACACCGUCUCUCAGACAUUCUUCAACGCCGACUCCUCUGCUCUCAUCACCACGGUGAAAGGAGACCCUAGCGUCAACAACACUGGCUUCCUCUCCGUGUUCCCUGUUACCAACGGCGCAGUCUCGAUGACAGAAACUCGAUCAUCGCCCGCUGGCACGGCUGUUCUCUUCGGCACAGCGCUGUUGCCGAAUUCGAAUAAUAUCUUCGUGACUGAUGCUUCAUUUGGCUCAGCUACUCUCUCGCUGGAUGCAAAGAAUGUUGCGAGCGUGGUAGCGAAAACCAACAUCGCGGAUCAGAAAGCUACAUGCUGGGCCGCUUUCUCGGAUGUGACAGGGACAGCGUUCGUGACAGACGUUGCUGUGAACCACCUUGUUGAGGUCGACACAGCUACUGGUGCAUUGAUCAAGGAGCUGCAAUCAGGGAAUGGAAACCCGGGGAUGAUUGAUUUGGUUAGUGUGGGGAACUUUGUUUAUGCGUUGAGUCCGGGGAAUGGGAGUGUGAAGGCGGCCGUGACGGUUUUCGAUGUCAGUGGUGGGAGAGGAGCUGCCAAGGAGAUUCAGAAUUUCAACCCAACUGGUGUGCCGGAUAGUGCACAGGGGAUGGCUUUCGUUUGAUGGUUUCAGAGGCAAAGGAAUGUGGUGCUAGGCAUAUUGGAGUAAGGGGGCAAGAACUCAUAGCAGACCAACUUUGGGAGAAGUGUUGUACUUUUAUGCAUAUGAAAUUUCAAAAUAUAAGUCGUGCUCAAAGAUUGGCAAAUCAUU